AUGGCUGUGAAGAUUUACUAUAUCAGCAGGUCCUUAUUUGCUGCUCUUGUUCUCACUCAAGGCUUACUUCUAUCAAAAUAUGUUGUGGAUUAUCACGAUGAUUCAAAAUAUUUCUCAUUAGGAGCAAUGUUUUUAUUGCCACUCGUUACAUUUUCGAUAACAAUGUGUCGUGAAACCACAAGAAAUCGUCUUGGCGUUGUUUGGUUAACGUACAUGUUGGUAUUGGUCACUAUGAUUGGUUGGAUAUAUGGUUUGCUCAUUAAAGAAGAUAUCAUUAAAAAUGACAUUGUUACCAACUCUACCAUUAUCUGCAGCGAAUCCAAAAACCCUCAUUCCUUCUUCGAUGCGAUAUUUUUAAAACUGACACUUUGUUUAACACCGGGAGGCAUGUUAUUGUUAUUAACUUCGAUCCCAGAUGAAAAUGGUGAGCUCGAGAAUCUUUGCCUUCUCUCUGUUUUGAAUCUUUUUGAUGGCGUAGAAAUGUUGGAGGUUUUAAAUGAUGAUGUGUGCAACAAAAUACCAGAAGGAUGCGAAAUAGCUGUUUUAGUUGCGGCAAUGUUCUACUUUCUCGUGUCAUUUCUGGAGAUUAGUGAGUGGAAAUUUGAUAAAUACGACAACAUAAAACAGCAAAGGAAAACAGCGAAGUCGAACGUCGUUAUGCAAUUCAUAGUGAAUUCAUCCUUUCUCAUUAUUCGUCUGGUGGUUUGGUUGAAGUAUCGCUUAGAUUCGCCAAUAUUCAUUGCAAAAAAUAUCAUAGCUUUGAUAAUGGUGUUUGAGUCGUACUUCGAAGAGAAAGAAUGGAUCAAAAGGGCUUGACAAAAUAUAAUAAACACUUUUUUAUGCAUAGAAAAAUUAACUCUUAAUGAUAUGCUUACAAUGUUUAAAAUAAAGAUCGUCUUAUAGACAA